GGGUCAUGUGUUUUCACAUCUUAAAUAUGGAAAGGCACUACUAAAAAUCUAUUUUUCAGCAACAUGGGAGCACGUCGAUGAAAGCACUUCCCAUAUCGCUGAAAGUACUUCAACAACAUGAUUCUUGUUGCUGAUGUCUUUGUUCGAGAAGCCUUGGUGGGUAAUACAUCAGCAACAUAAAGCUUGUUGCUAAUACAUGGCACCCUUUUCAACGACAUACCUUUUGUUGCUGAAGAUGGAGUUUCAUCGACAUGACUCAUGUUGCUAAAAAGUCAUCGGAGUCGAUCAUUGGAAUUUUGAACCCUUUUCAGCAACAUACUCCUUGUUGCUGAAAGUAUGGCUUCACCGAAAUGGCUCAUGUUGCUAAAAAUACUCACUGGAGUCGACUACCAAAAAUGUGGCACCCUUUCAGCAACAUAUCCCUUGUUGCUAACACCUUCUUGCACACUGUAGCACUUUAUUUUCAGCAACAAGGGACUUGUUGCUGAUAGUCUCAUAAAUAGUAAUAAGGCCACCCCAUUUUCAACAACAAGGAACUUGUUGCUGAUGCUCUUAUGAAUGAUAGUAAGCCACCCUACUGGACUUGUUACUGAUAGUCUAAUAAAUAGUAAACCACUCC